GACAGUUCCUAAAACUGGAUGUAUAUAUUAUCUCCAUCUUUUGUUUGAACUAUCGACAAAUUUAUCGGUUGCUAUCAUGACAAUAAGUCUUGACUCAUUAUUUUUAUUUUAUACAUUUCUGAUGAUUGGACAACUUCGAGAAAUUUCUUAUUGUAUCACGCAUAUUGAUGAUAAGGAAAAUUCAGCUGAAAAAGCAGUGGAGAAAUGUGUACUUCAGUAUAAUACACUAUUGAAAUGUAGGAGCAAUUUAGAGAAAAUAUAUGGACCUAUUAUACUUGCUAUGAUUAUUUGUAAUGCUGUUAUGCUUUGUACCUUGAUAUAUCAACUGACUCAGAUGAAAACAAUCUCAAUCUUAAAAGGAGCUAAUUUUUUUGCUUUUGUUGUGACGAAAUUGUUGCAAACAUUUAUAUAUUCUUGGUGUGGAACAAGUUUAACAAAGGAGAGUGAAGACUAUAGAAUUGCAAUUUAUUCUGCUAAUUGGUAUGGAGAUAAACGUUUAAUGAAAGCCAUAAUAAUCAUGCUUAAGCAAAAACCACUUGUCUUGACAGCCUGUAAUUUCUCUAAUGUUUCUAUUGAUAUCUUUACCAAGAUUCUGAAUACAACUAUAUCUUAUUAUUUUCUGUUGAAAACAUUAGCAUAA